AUGAUAUUCUACUUUUUUUGUCGUUCCAUUCAAUUUUACAUUAAGCACUUAAAUGAUGAUUUAUAUAUAGAAGGACUACUAGAAAGCGCGGAUACCACACAAGUUAAACCGACUACUGAAAGUGAGAGAGGAAAUUUUAUUAUAGAUCCACUCAGUAAUGGAAAAAUAAUGAUCAAACCAAAAUAUGGAAAUAAAGUAUGGGAUAUAGGAAAGGGAAAUGCUCUUACAUAUUAUUACAAUCAUGGAAAACCCAAUCAACUGUUUAAACUGUCUUAUGUGGGAUCUAAUUCCUAUGUGAUAACGAAUGAAGGCAAUUGUCUCGAAUAUCAACCAAAUACAAAAAAUUAUGUUUCUAACAUAUGUAAUAAUUCAAAUAAUCAAAAGUUUUUAAUAAUAACAGAAGAAGAUGAAAAGAAAAAUAGUUGA